GCAGUUCCUUCCCUGGAACUAGGGCUAGACCCCGCCCCCCACGGCUUCCCACGCGUGCGCCUCGGGCUGGCUAUGGAAGGGUCGCCCAAGGGCGGGAAAAGGGGCCUUUGUAGUGUGGGGAGGUGUAAUUUUAGAGACUAGGAUAUAGAAACUUUGAAGCAAGUCGUUGUGUUAUGGGCGAUCUCUUUUGUGUGGGUUACAGUGGUUCCAAAGAAAAAAAGCAUUUUUUCUUGGAGGACUUAUCGUGGCUGGGGUGGGUGGGUAGUAGAGUAAUUGUGUCACUUGAGAGGGCAGCCCCUUGAAAGUUGAGAAGGGAGUAGGGUGGUUGCUAUGGUGUCUUUGCUGUCUUCUGUGGGAGUCAUUUUGUUGCUGCAGGCUCAUACUAUCCUAACUCUGGAAGGAACUUUUUGGUAGAAGUCUCUGUGAUUGUAGGGUCUCCCCUGAUCUGAGAAUGGCUACCUCUCGAUAUGAGCCAGUGGCUGAAAUUGGUGUGGGUGCCUAUGGGACCGUGUACAAGGCCCGUGAUCCCCAUAGUGGCCACUUCGUGGCCCUCAAGAGUGUGAGAGUCCCCAGUGGAGGAGGAGCUGGAGGAGGCCUACCCAUCAGCACAGUACGUGAGGUGGCCUUACUAAGGCGGCUGGAGGCGUUCGAGCAUCCCAAUGUUGUCCGCCUGAUGGAUGUCUGUGCCACUUCCCGAACUGACCGGGAGAUCAAGGUGACCCUAGUGUUUGAGCACGUAGAUCAAGACCUAAGGACGUAUCUGGACAAGGCACCUCCACCAGGCUUGCCAGUUGAAACUAUCAAGGAUCUGAUGCGCCAGUUUCUAAGAGGCCUAGAUUUCCUUCAUGCCAACUGCAUCGUUCACCGAGACCUGAAACCAGAGAACAUUUUGGUGACAAGUGGUGGGACAGUCAAGCUGGCUGACUUUGGCCUAGCCAGAAUCUACAGCUACCAGAUGGCCCUUACACCAGUGGUAGUUACACUCUGGUACCGGGCUCCUGAAGUUCUUCUGCAGUCUACAUAUGCAACACCUGUGGACAUGUGGAGUGUUGGCUGUACCUUUGCAGAGAUGUUUCGUCGAAAGCCUCUCUUCUGUGGAAACUCUGAAGCUGACCAGUUGGGCAAAAUCUUUGACCUCAUUGGGCUGCCUCCAGAGGAUGACUGGCCUCGAGAUGUAUCUUUACCCCGAGGAGCCUUUUCCCCCAGAGGGCCUCGCCCAGUGCAGUCAGUGGUACCUGAGAUGGAGGAGUCUGGAACACAGCUGCUGCUGGAAAUGCUGACAUUUAACCCCCACAAGCUGAUCUCCCUCCCGAGCUCUGCAGCAGCUGCAUAAGGAAUAAGGUGACCCAAAGUGAGCAGUGGAGUGGCUGCCACAGAAGGAAGAAAAGCUGCCAUUUCCCUUCAGGACACUUGAGUGGAGAGAACCCCCACUGAGAAGGGGACCUCUGUCAUUGUCUGAGGCUGUGGCUCUCCUACAACUUUUUACAGAGAAUAUUUUGCUGCCUUAAUGACAUUACCCACCCACCCUCCUUUUGAGGCUUAUCCUUCUCAUGCCCCAUUCCUCCACAAGAAGGGGUAUAUCUUCCCCCAUCUUACCUUGAUACUGGUCCUUUUUUAUACAGGAAAACAAAACAAGACAAAGA